UACUUGACAGUUUUAUUCAGUCAGUCGAAAAAUGGCUCGACGGACGUGGCAUAUGUUAACCGUGAUAACACUAAUAUUUACGAUUUUAUCACUCGUUGGGGAUGUAAAUACUUCAUCACCUGCACCAUGGUACGAGAAUCUGCCUGCGGUGACCAUGGACUACAAAGUCCACAUCGACGCGGGCAAAGAAGACUGUUACUUUCAAUACGUGCAGCCGGGAGCCACAUUUUACGCCAGCUAUCAGGUGUUGAAAGGAGGUGAUGGCAUGUGCGGGUUCGCGGUGCGGCACCCUAACGGCCAGAUCGUGCACCCGUACGAGUGGCGGCAGAGCGCGGAGUACGCAGACCAGUCGUCGUCAGGGGGCUACUACGCCGUGUGUAUCGACAACCAAUUCUCGAGGUUCGCAGGCAAGCUGGUCAACCUGUAUCUAUCGGUGAUCCGCUACGACAUGUGGGAGAAGUACGCUAAGGAGGUCGAGGAGCUGGACAUGAACAUUAAGAACUUUACUUCAUCCAUCCAAUUGGUGGAGCGCAACAUAAAUGACAUCCUGCAGUACCAGUACCACUCGCGCGCGCGCGAGUCCCGCGACUACAACCUGCUGCAGGACAACAACACUUAUGUGCUCAGGUGGUCAUUUAUCCAGAUCCUGGCCAUCACAGCGACAGGGACAUUACAAGUUUACUUUUUAAGGAAACUCUUCGAAGUUAAGGAUAAUUCUUCAAAAACAAGAAUAUAAAUAGAGUAUAAGAGAAUCCCAAUAGACAAAUCAGGCUAUUCACUUGCGCCACUAGGCCUUAUUAAGGUUAGACAUGUGAACAAAUGAAUAGACUGAUUUGUCUGAGCAUUUAUUUUGUAGAAAUGCAUUUGUUAUCAGAUUAUCAACUUGUUGACUGACUCUAACAUUCCUUCUUGAUUAAUUUCCAAUAAUGGGUACUAAAUGCUGCAUGAAUUGAUUUAUUUUUCUAUAUUAACUUUUUUUUGUACCUAAAUAAUGGCUUAACUUUUUGAUCAUUCUAUUACUUUUAUAACUUUUAUUUGACUGACCAGCAAGGGAUUGAUGAUUUAUUCAUAUAAAAGGUGUAAACAUACAAGUUGGUCGGAGAAAAUGACUUUGUGCUCAUUAGUUUUAAUAAUCUUCGAUACUCUUUAGGGUCUCCCCGCACCUACCGAUGCGAAACCGGCAAUAAUGCGCCGGCCGAGCCGAGCCGAGCCGAGCGAUGUCUUUUUCGCUUUUGCGUAGACAAAGCUUUUUUUCUAUCGGCUAUUGCCGAUUAUACGUCGAUACUUGUGGGGGUGGGAAGACCCUUAGGGAUAUUCCUAUUUCAUGUUUGAAUGCCAAGAAAUGUCGGGACUGUCAAAAAGGUAACGAAUAGUAUUAAAUUUUUAUGUUUCAUGUAAUAAUCGACUCUAAACUACUCAAAGUAAGAUUAUUUUUGCUACUCUAUAGUUUUAACAAUUUUUACUGAAGCACAAUGAAUUAUUUUAAGAUUAAGAUCUGCUUUUUACUUUUAUAUUUUUUAUAAGGACAGUACAAUUUUCAAGGUGCACAAUAUUUGUUGUUUCUUUAUUUUUCCAUGUUUAUGAUUUGUUUACUUUUGACAUCACAUGAAUGUGUUGUAUGCUGUCUAAAAUAUAAUUUACGAAUUCGUUUUUGAUCUGAAUUAAAGAAUAAUAUUUUAUACAAAUUGAAACUUAUUUUUCAUUUUAUUUAAAAACAUUGACAAUUAAAUAUAGGUAGAUUUAAAAUUGAAAUUUGUGACAGAUAAUGUUGAAAAUGUAAAUUCUAGUGACUAUGGUAGAAAUACCUUUUAUAUGUGACGUACUUACAGAAUCGAAUAUUUAAUUAAAUAAUAUGUUUA